AAAGAAAAGAAAAGAAUAAGCAUUUGGGGAGCAUAGGAUUCCAGAAUUUUCACUUAGUACCACUUCAGUCCGCGGUGAGCAUGCUUUAACGCCAGACAAGCACACAUACAGAGACAGCUCCUUAGUUAAACCGAUUUGUCUUCAUCUGCCUCCUCCCAAAGCCAACUCACUCGCGCACGAGCACGACCAACUCCUUCACCUGUGCCCCUAAACUCUACCUAUUCUACACUUUUCUUUCUCUCUCUCUCCAUGGCCGAUGACACUCCUCCCGCUGCUCCUCCUGUCACCCCACCUUCAUCUUCAGAGCCCCUUCUUCUACCACUGACUGAAACCGAAGAUCCUCCGCCGCCGCCGCCGCCCCCCGUAUCAUAUUCUCCGGCUGUGGAACUCUCCGAAUCUCCUAUUGAGACUCAUAAGGAAGAGCCACCGGCGUCGGGUCCUGCUCCGGUGGUGGUUGAGAAGGAAGACCCACCACCGAAACUGGCGACUACAGAGUCGGUGCCGAUUGCGCUUGCGACCCAGAAAGCAGAACAUUCUUCAGUUGAAGCUGAAGUGACGCCGACUGUGGUAGUUGUGAAAGAAGAGCCAUUAGUUGCGGCGGCGGCGGCGCCUGCUGAGGAGUCUGAAGCGAAAGGGAAACUGGAAGAGUUUUUUGCUAAUGAUUCUGAGAAAUCGAAGCCUUCAUCAGGUGAGCGGGAGCCGAAGAUUCCUAAAUCUUUGAUUUCGUUUAAAGAAGAGAGUAACAAAGUAGCCGAUCUCUCAGAUUCUGAGAGGAAGGCUCUUCAGGAGCUGAAGCAGCUUAUCCAAGAGGCUGUGGAUUCCAAUGUAUUCACUACUGGGCAAGUAGCUCCUGCUGAUUAUGCUUCUAAACCCACCUCCGAUCCCAAAACUCAAGAGAAUCCAGAAGCGGAAACCAAAAAAGUAGAAGAAAAAGCUCCAAAAGUUGAAACUUCUGCGGAAGAGCUUUCUAUUUGGGGUGUUCCUCUUUUGAAGGACGAUAGGACUGAUGUGAUUCUUCUCAAGUUUCUGAGGGCUAGGGACUUUAAAGUGAAGGACGCUUUUGUUAUGUUUCGGAAUACGGUUCGUUGGAGAAAGGAAUUCGGGAUAGAAGUGCUUUUGAAUGAGGAUCUUGGUGAUGAUUUAGAUAAGGUGGUAUUCAUGCAUGGAACUGAUAGAGAUGGUCACCCUGUAUGUUACAACGUUUUUGGGGAGUUUCAAAACAAGGAUUUAUAUCAAAAGACAUUUUCGGAUCAGGAGAAACGCACAAAAUUUCUUCGGUAUAGGAUUCAGUUCUUGGAGAAGAGUAUUAGGAAGCUUGAUUUUACUCCUGGUGGUAUUUGUACCAUCUUUCAGAUUAAUGAUCUCAAAAACUCUCCGGGGCCCGGAAAGUCAGAACUUCGACUCGCCACAAAGCAAGCUCUCCAGUUGCUUCAGGACAAUUAUCCUGAGUUUGUUGCUAAACAGGUAUUCAUCAGUGUUCCUUGGUGGUACCUAGCCUUCUACACUAUGAUCAGCCCAUUCCUGACCCAAAGAACCAAAAGCAAGUUUGUUUUUUCAGGCCCUGCGAAAUCCCCUGAUACCCUUUUCAAAUACAUUUCUCCCGAGCAAGUACCGAUUCAAUAUGGUGGAUUAAGUGUGGAUUUCUGUGAUUGCAACCCAGAAUUUAGCAUUUCUGACCCAGUCACCGAAGUAUUUGUCAAACCAGGAACUAAGCAAACUGUGGAGAUUAUAAUAUAUGAGAAAUGUGUCAUUGUAUGGGAGUUGCGUGUUGUGGGAUGGGAAGUGGGCUAUGGAGCUGAGUUUGUGCCCAACACUCAAGAUGGAUACACAAUUAUCAUACACAAGUCGAGAAAGAUGGCCCCAAGUGAUGAACCAGUGGUACAUAACAGCUUCAGAGUUGAGGAACUGGGCAAGAUAUUGCUGACAAUUGACAAUCCAACCUCAAAAAAGAAAAGACUUCUCUACAGGUUCAAUAUCAAACCCCUCACUGACUGAGGGUUCAAAUUUGAAUCACUUCGAUCGUUUGCAGGAUCUAUAGAGAAAAUGAAGAUUAAGAAGAACAGCUUCUCCCAGUCAUUUGCCCUCUUCAUUUUCAUAAAGCUUGUCUACUAGGUGCUUUGUAUAUUGGGCUUUCCUAGUUGCAUCAUAUUGAAUCAUAAACUUUUAAUAUUAGUAAAUUUGCAUGUAACUUGUGGUGUUGGUGGUUUUCCAUGGUCUUAUUGGUUUUAUGCUUUUUGCGUGAUAGACAAGAAAAGUGAGUUGCAUAUGGAAUUGAAUGUCAUUUUUUUUGGGAUCGUGCAUAGAAUCAGAACCUCUGUACUUUUUUGUAUUUGGGAUCAUAGGGUGUGUUUCAAUAUAUGGUCAUCAAGAUGUCUACUUUACCUAUA